AGAUGAAAAGAAAAAGUUAUCAACAUUCGUAAUUUCGUAUUUCGUAUUUAUCACUUAUCAGUGACGCAAGGCAGAGGCUGUUGAAACUUGAAACUGCUUGAAAGCUAAAGGCAUAUACUAAUUACUGGACAUGGGAUUGCAUAAUGUGAAUCAAUCAUUCAUUUUUCUGUGGCUACUUUUUAUGAUCUCAGUUCAUUUACCAAACACAAAUGCUGCAGAGUAUGUUAUAAAAACAUCAUGGAAUAACAUGACAAUUGAUUCUUCUGAUCAAGUCAUAAUAAAUUUGGAGAAACAUGAUUCUAAGUCAUUCAAAAUUGUUGUUCAAGCUCCUUUCUACGAUGACCCUCCUCCAAACACACCUGGUGAUGUAGGUGAACCAAAAUGGGGGCUUUGGGAUUAUGAAUUGGUAAAAAUUUUCUUCUUGAACGAUCUACACCAGUAUAUUGAAAUUCAGCUGGGAGCGUGGGGCCAUCACUUUGUAUUACUCUUGAAUGGGUAUCGACACACGAUUCGUUUCGGAAUGUUGAUAAAUUACAAGGCAUACAGGAGUGGCAAACGAUGGAACGGAACUGCCAUUAUUCCUUUAACCUACCUGCCUGUGAACGCUUCCAAAUUGAACGUCUUUUCAUAUCAUGGUUCAAGAGAUAAGCGUGUCGUAAACGCACUUUAUCCUGUUGAAAACAUUGCUACUGCUGAACUAGACGAUCAUAAAUUGACAUCGUUCCAACCCUUCGAUAGCACUGUUUUAUUUACUGAAAAUUUUGAAGCGAUGUCGUCGGUUUGGACGGAUGCGCUACAAGGGAUUCGCAGUUUUCAAAUCGCUACUUCAUGGAAGGGAAAAGAACUUCUUUCCAAUGAAACCGUCGACUUACAUGUACAACUUGAUGCAUCACGUACCAAUUUGAUUCUAAAUGUUAGCGCACCCUUUUACAAUGAUCCAGCUCCAGAAAAAACCAAUGGAGGGCCAUUUGCAGAUUUAUAUAAAUACGAAGUAGUCCAUCUUUAUUUACUUGGUUAUCCGGAUUUGAAAUAUCUGGAAAUCGAACUUGGACCGUGGGGACAUUAUCUUGUCGUUUUCUGGAAUGGCUAUUACAACAAAGUUGGAAGUUUGGAUUCCCCAUUGAAAUAUUCAUUUAAUCGUUUCGGAAGUCAUUGGAAUGGAUCUGCCACUAUUCCUUUGACGUAUCUACCACCCAGAGUAUACUUAAUGAAUGCGCAUUCUACUCACGGCGUUGAUGAAGAACGUCAGUGGAACAGUUUGUACCCUGUACCGGAAGGUAGCAAUCAGUCGUCACCGGAUUAUCAUAACUUGAAGAAUUACAAAUUCGUCGAUCUUACCGAAUUAUAUCCCGAAAACGACGACACAAAAUGCUCGCAAACCUGGCAAGCCUUAAAUGUAUGUCCAAAUUCAGCUGUUCAAUCGCAAACUGGUGUGAUAAGCUUAGUUAUUUUAAACGCUAUUUUGGUGCUCCUGUUAAAUAUGUGAUAAAUUAUGUAGUUUCAAGAAAUCUUUAAGAAAAUAAUAUGGUGAAUAAAUUUAGUCAAUGU